AUGGAGGAAGAAAAGCGCAACGUAGCGCCACUCCUCGGUCCUCUGAAGGUUGAUUCUGUCGCAAAUUUCAUUGGCGCAACACCUCUGGUUCGCCUCAACCGCCUGCCGGCAGCACUUGGGGUCAAAGCGCAGGUGUAUGCGAAACUCGAAUACUUCAAUGCUGGGGGCUCAGUGAAAGAUCGAAUCGCCAAACGCAUGAUUGAAAAAGCAGAAGCGAGUGGAGCAAUCAAACCAGGAGAUACCUUGAUCGAGGCAUCAAGUGGAAAUACGGGAAUCGCUAUCGCUCUCAUGGCGGCCGUCAAGGGUUACAAAUGCAUUAUUACCCUUUCGGAGAAGAUGUCACUUGAGAAGGAACGGAUCCUGGUAGCCCUUGGGGCAAAAGUCGUUCGCACUCCUGCUGGGGUGCCCAUUGAAUCUCCCGACUCAAUCAUCAGCGUGGCACAGCGGCUUCACCAGGAUAUCCCGGGCUCAUUUAUCUUGAACCAAUACGAGAAUCCCGAAAAUCCAGCUGCCCAUGAAUUCGGAACCGCGGAGGAGCUGUGGUAUCAGACUGAAGGGCAGGUUGACGUAGUGAUCAGCGGAGCUGGCACCGGAGGCACCGUCACAGGCCUAGCGAGAGGAUUGAAGAAACAUAGGAAGGAUAUCCUUGUUGUGGCCGCGGACCCACUUGGAUCAGUUCUGGCUCGGCCCGAUGAUUUGAAUCAGACUGAAGCGGAGUACAAGGUCGAAGGCAUUGGGUACGAUUUUGUCCCAGGGGUUUUAGAUCAAACUGCACCAGAUCUAUGGCUGAAAACUUGUGAUCGAGACUCCUUCCUAUAUGCUCGACGUCUCGUGCAAGGGGAAGGACUUCUUUGCGGAGGAUCCUCAGGUGCGACCAUUGCGCACUGGUUUAGCUGA